UCAUGACGUCACACGGCCAACAACAAGUAGUUUACAACAAGAAGACAGUCAAACUACGCCAACGAAAAAUACGGUGGCGUUCAAAAAUGGACAAAUGUCGGCCGCAGUGGCUGGGUGCCCCGGCCGGUCAGCACGGGCCCAACACAUUCUACAAAGGCUGCAAAUUCUUCAAGAACGGCAAGUGGCGAAUCCUGUCAAUGGGGGAAUUUUUCUUCUUGAAAACUUCCGAGACAGACCCACUUUGCAUAGCCGAGCUGCAAUUACUUUGGCAAGAUGACAAGGCCGAGAACGGGGACGGCCUCAUGUUGUCCAGCUCCAAAUUAUAUUUUCUUCCCGAAGACACCCCGGAGGGCCGAACAGUUCACCACGGAGAGGAUGAGGUUGUUGGAGUGAGCGGCAAGGCCAUCGUCAGACUGGAGGACCUGAUUGACUGGGUCUGCACUGACGUCAGGUGGAGCCGCGGCUGCCGGACGAUAUGCGAGAAAGACCUCAAGAAGCAGGACAGCCACAUCAAUGCCGGCCACCAACAGGUGGCGCUGUUUGCCCAGAACAGCGGGCUUAAUGUCAGCGAUAUCAACAAAGAGAAGCAGAUCAUGGGUUACGACGACGACGGCCGCGACAAGGUCAUCAUCCUCAACUACCCCAACUACUGCCGCUACUGCGGAGCCCUGAAGCGCAUUGAGCAUGCGCAGGAGGAGUGGAUCUCCCACAUCCUGGUCCGGACCCUCGGGGCCUUCACGGUGCCGCACCGCAACACCCGCGUCAUGUUCUGCAAGGACGAGUUUGACCACCCGACGUUGGGGUUCAAUGAGAAACUGUGUGACCACUUAGCGCCAAACAUGAAAGGCAGACCGAGAAAGAAGAAACUCAGUAUACGUAGCAACAGCAACGAAGAUGUAUUUGGUGACUCAAGCAAUGACGCAACUGAGCAUGCUGAGGUGAAUUACAAGGAGUUCAACAUCCAUCAGCUCAGCAAGCUGGAGCGGAAGAAGCUGCGAGGCAAGUACCAGACCAAGAUAGUCAACGGCAAGGUCAAGACUGAGGUCAAGCGGGUCCGGCCCAAGGACGAGGCCACCUUCCUGGCCGGCCUCUUCAAGUUCAUGAAGGACCGCAACAGCCCCAUCGAUCGGGUGCCCAAUCUGGGCUUCAAGCAGAUCGACCUGUUCCUGUUCUACACCAUGGGCCAGAAGUUUGGCGGCUAUGAAGCCAUCACGGCUCGGCGACUGUGGAAGAAACUAUACGACGUCUUAGGUGGUAGCGUUGGCAGCACAAGUGCGGCAACCUGCACGAGAAGACACUACGAGAGGUUAAUUCUUCCCUACGAGCGGUAUCUCAACAAGCAGGAGCACAAGCCCCUUCCAGGCCAGCCACCGCCCACCAACCCCACCAAGGGCAUCUCCAUCCUGGCCAAGCCAAGCAAGCACAAGGAGAAGGACCCAAACAAGCACCACAAGAAGAAGGACAAGCACCACUCCAAGGACCGGCCCAAAGGGAUGACCAAGGCCGAGGAGACGUGGAUCCGAGACCGGCAGAAGCAUGCAGUAGCAGCCGGUCUUAUUCACCAGACAAUCCUGACCCCGGUACCCAUCAAACCGGUGGGCAGAGAGCAGCCCCAGUCUUUGAUCCGUGAAGUCGAAGUGUCCAGCUCACAGACGGCAUCCAGCAUGAUGCCAAAUGCUCCAUCAUCGGUGCCCGUCAGCUCACCGAUAACCAGCUUCCCGCCACCUGCUCAACCCCAGGCUCCUACCCGUGCACAUCUGCCAUUGCCCGUUUCCGUUGAGAUGAUGAUUGUGCCCAGAGAGGAGUCAGCAUCCUCCUCCUCAGCGCAGCCCCCACUGAAGAUGAAAUUGAAGUUGAACAAGCGACACAAGGAGAAGAAACGCCCCAAGGUGCUCAAGGAUCAGCUACGGGAGCUGGGGGAACAACGGGCAAUGCAGCAGAAGGCAGCUAACAAUCAGCUCUAUGCCAACUCACUUCAGCUGAGCACACCACCUAUUGCCAGAAAGAAGACGCUGUCCAUUGCAGAUAUCCUGAACCACCAGGCUAAGAUGCAGGCUAAGCAGAAGGCCAGUCAGGCUGCCAACGCUGCUGAGAAGACUCCAUCGUACAGCGUCACCAGCAGCACAGCUGGCAACCCCACCCAGCCUCCCCUAUCCACCGCAGCCAUUCCCAUCCCCUUCCCAGGCCAACCCAUCAUGGUAAAGACAGAGGAGGGCAUGCCUGUGGGUCCACUGAUCUUCACGUUACCCCAGAUGCUGCCGGGGGGCGGUCCAGCUGUUAGCUCCUCCUCCAUCAAAACGGAGGACGUUGCAGGGUCCUCGGGCUUGACGUCAACCACUGCCGCGUCGUUAACUUUCAACUCCAACAUGGCCACUGUCUUGCACGUGGGACAGCCGCUGCAGGUCAUGCAGGUACCAACACCUUCAUCCACAUUAAGAGAUAGUGCUGCGCCAGGGUCGGUGCAGGGCACAACGAACACUUCCGCGGCUGAUUCAGACCACAGCACUGCCAGUGCAACCAAUGUGUGCUGGUCGUAUCCACAUAAUGUGGGCAUAGCUGGCAGUGCGCCUACCUCGUUAACGGCAGUGGUUAACCCAAUGAAGCCACCACCUCAUUCACCUGGUCCUGGCAGUGCAUUGACCAGCGGCAAGGAUACUGCGUCUGCUCGGCCAUCAGUCAUCCAACACACACAGCAUGUCCAGGCACAGACUCCAGAGACAGGGAUGACCUCACCAACCUACAGAAAUGCCGUCCAGCCCAGUGAUCUGAUUCUUCGGAACCUCUCUCACGAAAAGGCAGCGGCGACGGCAGCUGCAGCAGCUGCAGCAGCAUCAACAAGUGCUACGACAAGUGCGCCAGUGGUCGGCCAGAAACUCUCCGAUCUCCCCAAAGAUGCAGUGGUGGUCACUCCACGAUUUGUCAACCCUUACAUGGCAUACAUUCCCAUGCCAAUGAUGGUGGGCAGUAGCAAAACGGAGCCAAAUACUGAGGAGCCAAAAGCAGAGACAAAACUGGAAGUAGGCAGCAAACGCAGAAGAACUGAAUCAGGCAAAGAGAACAUUAGUCGACCACUCAGCCCCCAUGGCUUCCGUGUGGACCGUUUGGGCAAAGUGACGCCCCUUUCUUACCCGACAUUACCCGCCACUGUACCCUUCCAGGAGGAGCCCUGUGAUUUGAGUAUGCCCAAAAGAAAAUGCGGGGAGGAUGAAGCCCCUGCAACAAAAAGGGAUACUACCUCCCAUCCCAACAAGCAUAGGUCCUCCAGGAAGUACGGGGAAUCCAGCAAGGAUAGAACUCGAUGGCAUGAAGAGAGUGGGACCAAAUACAAGGAUGAUGUGGCAGUUGCCUCCUCUGUGUCAUCACAAUACAAGGUUAAGAUGACCCCCAACCCACGGGGAUCCAUCAUGCAAGGGGUCAUCAACCCUAGUGCCCUCAGUCCUUCCUCCUACUCUUCCAAAUCCUCUGAGCUCCACAGGGACACCCCCUCGCGGCACAGCACUGGCUCCAACGAAGCAGCCGCUUCGCCCCAUCCGCCAGCCUUCCCGUACUUACCCCACCCCAGCAUGCAGGGCGUGCCCUCGGACAAGCAACCAAAGAGCCAAUUCGUCUUUCCAGAGUUCAACCCCCACCUGCCGGCCAUGAUGGGUUACCAUCCCAGAUUCUUUCCCCCUCAGUUCAUGCCGGGACCCCUGUUAACCCGGCCCGACCUCCUUCCAACCAGUCUACCUCCUGGGAUGCCACUGAGCCCCGAGCAAAUGAUGCGACGUGAGAUGUUCUUCCCUCCACACUUUCCGUUCCAUAUGAGGCCGCCUUUCGUUGGUUCCCCACCUGUGGUGAGAGACAGUCAGCAACCUUACAUGCCCCAAACCUGAGGAGAGCAUCACAGAUUUUCAAGUGACUCAUAGUGGGCUUUGGAAUGGCCAUGAAUAAUUGCAGCAGCUUCCAGUCUAUGCAAGUAUUGUGCUCGAUAGACACAGUGAAAAGUUUUUCCAAGAGCAGAAAGCUUUGCAGGAAUGAGAAGCAAGGUUGUUCUUGGAGGAAAAAUGACGCACAAAGAUUAAGGUGAACACAAUUGUGUAAAGGACAUUGUAACAAAAUGCGCGGGCAGUGUUUUGUGAAGUUGAUUGGACGUAGUACAAACAAUGUUGAUGAUAUUUUUGCAGUGGAUGCGACGUAUUACUGAUGCAGAGUGUGGACAUUCCCCAGUGCCUUGGUCAGACUGGUACCUGUCACGGGUCGACUUCAGACAGUGUGAUCUUUAACCACGUCUUCCAGAAACAAUACCAAAAUGGCCACAGUGUGGACAUGCUGCCAUAAAAGUGCUUCCAACUCAAAAACACGAAGCAAACGCUUCAGACUUUAGUGUCACUUCAAAAUUUCCACCAGAGUCUGAUAUUGACAGUUUAUGUCACGGCAACUUUUAUGUGUGAGUAGACUGCAAGAGCCAAACAUUCCAUAGAUGAAUCAGAACGUUGCACUCUUUUCGCAUAAAUUUCAGAUGCAAAAUGACAAAGAGGGUGUAGGUUUGCCAUAAUACACUCAGCCCCAAAUUUCUAUGGGAAACCCUCAAAUAACAAUCAAUGUUAUAUAUGCAAUAAUGACACCAAAUUAUGAAAUUGUUAGACAUUUGUUUUUGUUUGAUGUUUAUCCCGUCAAUCUCAGAUUCUGAUUUUCGUUGUUGCCUCUAGUCAGCAGUCACACAACAGGGAAAAGUCGCUGAAAUUUGAAGAAAAAAAAUGACAGUGUACAAAAGACGUAAUUCUACUAUAUCAGUAUUACUAUUACCUGCAUUAUUAUGUGUCAUUUUUGGAGGCCGUUGGGAGCACACAUUUAAACUUUUUUUGAAAAAACACCACUUCGGAACAUUUGUUGACGCGGCAAUGCAGAGUUUCGAUAUUGUUUGGAUCUGGAUGUAAGAAAUUUGAAGACGGUAAGAAUGGACAAAAUGGUGCAGUUCUUAAAGCAGCAUGGCUGAAACCUUUGCUUUAUCAAAGACAAAAACAAACAUUCCUUGCUUAAGAGACUUAAGAUUCUUUGAGCAUUAGUGCGCGAACAAGAGAGGGUCUUGUACCACCUUCGAGAGCCCCGAUGUGACACACCGAUUGCACCGAUUUGUCCGCGCGUAUAUAGCGCGAAGUACGCAUGACGAAUUCUAUUAUGAAUAUGUCAAAAGCCGUAGUGUCUUCACGUGAGCGUCAAGCGACAUCGGGAAUGCGUUUGAAAAUCAGUCCAAGUGGUUUCCCUAAACACUCCUGUUCUUACCGUUGGGGGGGGGGGGGGUACUUGUUCACGGAGCCCAUAACAAUUUGUUAUUCGUCUUUUUGGCUGUGAUUUCAGCUUGAUAGUUUUUAUUACUGCCACUUUCUGAUUUCAGAAAAGUCUUCCACAUAGCCCUAAUCGGCCAUUUCAGAACGGCACUGUUUACUGAUUUUAUUUUUCUACUUUUUUUUUGUUUUUGAUAAUUUUUGUUUUGGUAGUCUUUGUGUCUAUUUGGUUUUGAUGUAUCACUGGUAAUUAGUUUUGAGAUAUGUGUACAAAAAAAGUGAUAAGCAAUCAGUGUUGGGUAUUUGUGAAACGUUUAUUUCCGUAGAAUUUAUAUAUUUGUUUAUUGGUGACGAGGUGCUAGUUUAACAUGUAAUAUAAAAAUUAUUUGUACAUGAUAUAGGACUAUAUCAAUAUCUAUGCAAAAAAAAAAGAAAAUAGAAAAUUAGGAAGUAGUUUUAUCGAGGGUUUAUAAAAAGUUGUGAGAGGCAUUACAUAGUUCAAGCACAUUUUUUUUUAUCAUCAACAUGGCCAUUUGAAAAUGAAAUUUAACCAUAGGUGUACAUGUAUGUUUGUAAUUCCACGAUUUUCUUUCGCUGUACUUCUGCAGCACGUUAUAUAAAACAAGGGAGGCUUUCUGUACAUGCAACAUUCUUCCACUGUUACACCCUUAAUAUUCACUCAUGUAAAUCAGAACAAAAGAGUGUCAUUAUGACAAAAACAAAAUUUUUAAUCACUGAUUUGUUAUUUGUUUCUCCAAUACAUUCCAUAUGUUGCUAUUUUGGGGAGUUUUCCAAGCCUUAUUUUAGCGUU